AUCCGGCGAAAGGCUGCCCAUUUUGUCUUCGGGCAGCUGCAUUGAAGCUCAGUCUUCGUCUCCGCCAUCGCAAUUCUCUGAAGCUUUUCUCUGUCUCUGGUGGUGUUGUGUGUGAAGAGAGAGAGAGAGAGGUGAGAGGAGCUGAGUUUGAUGAAUCUAAGCUCUCCCAGAAACCCUAAUUCUCCGCCAUUUCAUCUUCCUUCAGCCACAAUUCCAGACCCUCAUCACCAUUUUUCCCAUUCUGGAACUCCCAGAUUUUCAUCCACUUCUUCCCAUUUUCCCGCCGCCUUCAGACUCGUAAUUCCUCUCCCACUUCCCUCCAUGUUCUCAACCCCAUUCGUUCUCUCCUUCUCCCUCCUCCUUUCUCUCCCAAUCCUCUUCCUUCUCGCUCCGAGAUUCAUCCCUUCAACCCCUCAAUCAAUCCCAAUCGCCUCCCCUGACGAACACGACGAUCUCUUCCUCUUCAAUCGCGCCGCCGCCGGAUCUAAUCCCAAUAACCCAUCUGCCUUCUCGCGUCUCUCUUCCACUAACCCCAAAUUGAAGAUUGCGUUCCUCUUUCUCACUAAUUCUGACCUCCAUUUUGCUCCUCUUUGGAUUCGAUUCUUCCCCAAUAACUCAGAUCUCUACAAUCUUUAUGUUCAUGCUGAUCCCUCUGUUAACAUUACGCGUCCUGCCGGCCCUUUUUUGGGUCGUUUUAUUGUUUCCAAGCGGACUUAUCGUGGGUCUCCCACGCUUAUCUCUGCCAUGCGCCGCCUCAUUGCGACGGCCAUUAUUGAUGAUCCGGCCAAUGCGUAUUUCGCUCUCUUGUCUCAGUAUUGUAUCCCUCUUCAUUCCUUUUCUUAUGUUUAUAACUCUCUGUUUUCUUCGACCACUUUUGAUUCGACUUCCUCUAAAUCCGAGCUGACCCAUCUCGGUGUGAGAAUUCGAUUCAAGAGUUUUAUUGAGAUUGUGUCGAAAGAACGGCAUCUUUGGCAGAGGUAUAAUGCGAGGGGUCGCCUCACCAUGAUGCCUGAGGUUCCCUUUGAGAAGUUUCGUGUUGGAUCCCAGUUCUUCGUUUUGACUAGAAAGCACGCGUUGCUGGUUGUUAAUGAUCGGAUGUUGUGGAGGAAAUUUAAGAUUCCUUGCAAAACUUCUGAUGAUUGUUAUCCUGAAGAACACUAUUUUCCAACUCUUCUUUCGAUGAUGGAUCUGAAUGGCUGUACCCAAUACACUCUUACUCGUGUUAAUUGGACUGGGACUGCUAAUGGCCAUCCAUAUACUUAUCGAAGUUCAGAGGUUUCUCCUAAGCUUAUUCACCAGCUCAGGAAAUCCAACUAUUCCGAUUCUUACUUGUUUGCCCGGAAAUUUACUCCGGAUUGCUUGAAACCGCUGAUGGGUAUUGCCAAAUCUGUGAUUUUCCGGGAUUGAGACCUCUCUCUGGUUAGAGACAAGAAAAAAGAUGUCAGGCCAGUGCUGUAGCGUUACUUCUUGGUAAUGAAGAAGAAAAAGAAAAAGUUUUGUGUGGGAAUAUGGUAAUGAAGAGGCGCCAAAGUGCCCACAGCCUGCGAGCCCACAAUCAUCCAGACUGCAGAAGAAGAGGCAGUCCAGACAAAGCAACCGACAAAACUUUUGCAUUUUCAAGGGGAAAAGAAUAGUUGGGAAAAGAAAGAGAUACGAGUGAAGCAGAAUGCAAGGUACACUUGUCCAAAGCUGUAUUUUAUUUUGAAUUUCUUCCACUUUUUAUUCCUUGCAUUUUGAUCUGCUGGAAGAACUGAAACAAAUAGAAUCCUUCUCCUGUCUUUUCAUGGUUUCCUUUUUGUACAUAUGUAAUAUCAUGUGAGGAAGUUCCAAGAUAUCGAAAAAUGGAAAGGAAGGCUGUUCAUGAUUCUAUGCUCUA